CGGAGCCAGCCUGGGUCACAGCCCCGCGUACGGCCUUUCACGAGUCUUCAAGCCUUCAGGCUUUCUUCUAGUUAAGAUGAGUGAUAAACCAGACUUGUCAGAAGUGGAGAAGUUUGACAGGUCAAAACUGAAGAAAACUAAUACUGAAGAAAAAAAUACUCUUCCCUCAAAGGAAACUAUCCAGCAGGAGAAAGAGUGUGUUCAAACAUCAUAAAAUGGGGAUCUCCUCCAAAGAGCAGAUUUCAGCAUUGCCUGACAGUCUUGGUUUUAGGCUUGUUUUUUUGUAAACCUGUGUGUUUGUAGAGAUUUCAGACAUCUUCUGAUUUCUUCUCACCUAUAUUCCCUGGUUAAGAGGUCAGGGGUAGUGAAUGUUUCCUUAAGUUCCUUUUUAAACUUCCCAUUGGUAUGUAAAUUCCAAAUGGCAGAUGUUGUCAAUAACCUUGCCAUGGAUGACCUUUGUGUAGGUAGUCCUUGCACCUCAUACAGGAUAAGCCAAUUUUAACUUUCUACAAUGGGUGCCUCAAUAGUUUCAUAAUCUUCAUAAAGUUGCAUCCUUUGGCAGCUUCUUACAGUUUAUUUUCACUUCCAAUGUAGCAAUAAAAUAAUAAAUAUAAUCGUUAUUGUCUGACUCUUGUGGUUCAUUCUGGUGGUAUUCUAAGGAAUGAAAAGUACACAAAGGUACCUUUUCACUCAAACAAAAUGGUUGAAGGAAAACUUUUAGCAGAUUAGUCCUGGGGGGAAAUACUAAAUUCUGUCCAAGUCCAGUGGGUCCUGAGCUGGGGAUGGUAGGUGCUUUUUCUUUAUAGUUGGAAUCACAGUUAGAGAACCUUGGGAGAGAAGGUCAUGUGGACUAACCUCCUUAUCUCAGAAUGAGGAAAUGAAAACACAGGGUCUGAAGUAAUCUGCUCAAUUUGAAUAAGGGUUGGAAUUCAAGCUGGGCUCUCUUGCCUUCUGAAAGUCUUUUUCAGCUUAAUGGGAGUUAACAUCCAAGACUGAAGUUGGAUGGAGAAAGGGGCAGGAGGCACUUGCUACCAAACACCAUAUUAAGCACAUCACAUCUUCUAAUGACCUGUAGCACUGAACUUCUGGUACGGUUUUUCUACUGAACAGAAUUUGCUGUUUUAUGAACUAAACAUUUCUGGUGUUCAUGGUGAGCAUAAAUGUUAUGGACUGAAUUUUGUCACCUGUGACCUGCUGAUUAAUAUGUUGAAGCCCUAAUCCCUGACAUGAUUGUAUCUGGAGAUAGGUUGUUUCAGAAGUAAUUUACGUUAUGAAGUGAUAACAGUCAGGGCCUAAUCUAAUAGGAUUGUGGCCUUAUAAGGAGAGAGAGACCAGUCUCUAACAUGCGAGGACACAGCAAGAAGGUGCCUGUCUACAAGCCAGGAAGAGAGCCCUCACCAGAAUCUGACCCUGCUGGACGUCGACUUGAGAUUUCUUGAAUCUAGAACUGUGAGCAAGUAAAUUUAUGUUGUUUAAGUCAUUCAGUCUACAGUAUUUUGUUACAGCAGCCUGAGCUAAUACAGUAAGGAAUAUGUAUAAUUGCAUGCAUUUUAAUUCCUGCCUUUAAACAAUACUUUUAUCUCUUUUUAAAAAUUAUUAUUUUAUUUUUAUGAGACAGGGUCUUGCUCUGUUGCCCAGGCUGGAGUGCAGUGGUACAAUCAUGGCUCACUGCAGCCUUGACCUCCUGUGCUCAAGCAAUCCUCCCACCUCAGCCUCCCUAGCACCUGGGACUACAGGCACGUGCCACCACAGCCAGCUAAUGUUUUUGAUUAUUAGUAGAGAUGAGGUCUCGCUAUGUUGUCCAGGCUGGUCUUGAACUCUUGGGCUCAAGCAAUCUGCCUGCCUCAGCCUCCCAAAGUGCUGGGAUUACAGGCAUGAGCUACCAUGCUCAGCCUACUUUAAUCAUGUGUAUAAAAACAAAUAACCUAUAAUCCCACCAAUUAGAAGUAUUAGCCAUCCAGACUUGUGAUCUAUUAAUGUACAUAUCUUCCUACAAAGACGGAUUAUACCAUUCAUACCUAUUUUCAACCUCAAGUAUUAUCUUACCUCCUCCUUUCUCUUUCUUUCUUUCUUUCUUUCUUUCUUUCUUUCUUUCUUUCUUUCUCUUUCUUUCUUUCUCUUUCUUUUCUUUUCUUUUCUUUUCUUUCUUUUCUUUCUUGAGAUGGAGUCUCAUUCUGUUGCCCAGGCUGGAGUGCAGUGCUGCAAUCUUGGCUUACCACAACCUCUGCUUCCCAGGUUCAAGCAAUUCUCUUGCCUCAGCCUCCCGAGUAGCUGGGACUACAGGUGUGUGCCACCAUGCCUGGCUAAUUUUUGUAUUUUUAGUAGAGAUGGAGUUUCACUAUGCUGGCCGGGCUGGUCUCGAACUCCUGAGCUCGUGAUCUGCCCUCCUCAGCCUCCCAAAGUGCUGGGAUUACAGGCGUGAGCCACCAUGCCCUGCCUUACCUCACCCUUUCUAAGGGCUCACAUUCUUAAAUAAUCAGUGGGAUUACAUGAAGUGGAAGCUGUUUUCUCUGCUGUAGCUUAAAGUUUCAAAAGCAAAACAGUAGGUAGGUCAACUUCGAUCAAGUGCCAAUGAGGUGACACAGUCACAGGGCUCAGUGUGUAGCCAGAGGAUUUGAGCCUUGGAAGUAACCAUGUUAGUCACCAGUACCUUAUCUCCUGCCUGAGGCAAUUGUCCAGUAAAGUCACUCAGCUCCUUGCAGUGAUAUGCUGCUUACAUUGUGCCCAAACGUGCCUCCCUGUAGCUUCUAUUCAAUAGUCCUGGGAUUGUGUGCUGGAGACCUAGAGACGGUAGUUAAUCCAUCCUCCAGCAUUUGAAGUCAGCUGUUGUGUCCUGUCCCUCUACCUCCAAGUCUUCUGUAACUGACACUUCUCAGAUCCUUCAGACCCAAAUUACACAGAUGGGAAACCAUCCUGGUUGCAGAUAUGCUCAGAUUUGCUCAUUACCGGGUCUGCGAAUCCUGGUUCAAUCAUCCAACACAGUUGCUCCCCUUUCUGUGUUGUCAUUUGCAAAUUUGAUAAAGAUGCUAUUCAUCUAUGAUAGAUUCAGCAACCUCUUCAUUUGUACAUUAAUGCAGCUCAAAGGAAAGCAUGAAUGUUGUCAGGUGACCUAGGAUUGAACAAUAACUCCUAGUUAGUUGCAUCUGGUAGCCAUCCUUUUCAUUAAAGUCUUGAUUUGUACCCUGGGUAGGGUAAGUGUUAAACUGAGUGGGAGCAGAUGAGAAGUGCGUGGCGGGAGGUGAAAGACAUGUAAUUACUAAGUGAAUACUCAUACAGGAAUGAGAUGGGAAAAACUGCAGUUGCUCAUCUGCAGUAGUUUUGCCCCACGUUUCUCAAGUAUUUAAUGUUGGGCUACUCUUUUAGUCACUAGCUUUACUUGUUUUUUGAAUCGGGUAUAUAUAUAUAUUUUCCAAAUAAGCAAGGAUUGAGAUUUAUGUCCCUGAAUCCAUCUAUUAUCUGCAAAACUGGCAGUACCAGGGCUUUGUUAUAGCAGUUGCAUUUAUAGGGAAAGGAAAAGGCUGGAGUUAAAUGAUUGUCUUCUUUUAUGCAUUAACAUCCCUUGAAAAUCACUGGUCAGUGGCUUUACGCUUUUAUUCUGUCAGUGUACAUAGGCAGAGAUGACCUUAAUUACUAAGAACAGAAAAUGAAAUAUCAGAAAGAAAAAAUAUACUGAAAGUUAAAAGAGAAAAAUCAGCCAGAUAAAAUUUCAUGCCUAAUUCAUCUCUGCAAAGGAUUAAAAAAGUCUCAUUUAGUAUUACAGCUUACAAUUCUCAUGAAACUCUGCAGGCCAGUGAGUUUUAUAAACACUCCUAGAAUUUAACCAAUGCAUGUUCAUACCUAAUGAGAAUGUCUUGCCUUUUGAGUCUUUUUAAAUUUUUUUUUUUAAUUUACUUUAAGUUCUGGGAUACAUGUGCUGAACAUGCAGGUGUGUUAUACAGGUAUUCAUGUGCUAUGGUGGUUUGCUGCACAUAUCAACCCAUCAUCUAGGUUUUAAGCUCUGCAUGCAUUCAGUAUUUAUUUUAAUGCUCUCCCUCCCCUUUGCCCCUAACCCCUGACACGCCCAGGUGGGUGAUGUUCCCUUCCCUGUGUCCAUGUGUUCUCAUUGUUCAGUUCCCACUUAUGAAUGAGAACAUGUGUCAUUUGGUUUUUUGUUCCUGUGUUAGUUUGCUGAGGAUAAUGGUUUUCAGCUUCAUCCAUGUCCCUGCAAAGGACAUGAACUCAUUCUUUUUAUAUGGCUGCAUAGUAUUCCAUGGUGUAUAUGUGGCACAUUAUCUUUAUCCAGUCUAUCAUUGAUGGGCAUUUGCAUUG